CAAGUGUUGAUUGCAGAACAUGUUGAAGGAGGAAAGAAGGGUCGAAAGGUGAGAGAUAGCCAGUCCGUCGCGCUUACCAAUUCUAGUGCUAGUGGGAUGCUGGACUUCGGCACCCCUCUCACGUUCAAUCGGAUGUCUCAGGCCGGUACAUUGAGAGCCGUACACGAACAAAUGAAGCUGAGUUAUUAUAAGAUGAAGCCCUGGCUUCUCAUGGGAAACUUCCCAGAAAAGUUGCCAGCGAUUUGCCUAGUCAGCAUUGAGGGGAAAGAGAAGGAAGCAUACGGUGCACUCUGA